CAUUGAAUUGUGAAAGUUUGUUUGCUUGUGGUAAGUAAUGUCAUCCUCACAUCGGCUUGGUUAAUUUGUGAAAUUUAACAUUUCAUAGAAGGUACCUUUUAACAUUACGUUGUGAAUUUUUAUUAUUGUGAUAAAAAUAAUCGAAUAUUAAAAGAAGAUGACUUCGUCGGAGGUGUCGUUUAAUCGCAAAAUAAUAUCAGAGGACCUGUCGAAUGUGGAAUUCGACACGAGCGAGGAUGUAGAAGUUAUUCCAACAUUUGAUUCCAUGGGUCUUCGUGAUGAGUUAUUACGGGGAAUUUAUACAUAUGGAUUUGAGAAGCCUUCAGCAAUCCAGCAGCGAAGUAUUCUACCUAUUGUGAAGGGUAGAGAUGUGAUUGCACAAGCUCAGUCUGGUACAGGCAAAACGGCUACAUUCUCAAUUUCCAUACUUCAGUCUUUAGACACGACACUGCGUGAAACACAAGUUUUGAUAUUGUCUCCUACACGUGAGCUGGCCACGCAAAUUCAGAAGGUCAUCCUGGCGCUGGGAGACUUCAUGAAUGUCCAGUGUCAUGCAUGCAUUGGUGGCACAAAUCUUGGAGAAGACAUAAGGAAGUUGGAUUAUGGGCAGCAUGUUGUGUCUGGCACACCUGGCAGAGUGUUUGACAUGAUCAAAAGACGUGUGCUACGGACGAGGUCAAUCAAAAUGCUAGUGCUUGAUGAAGCUGAUGAGAUGCUCAACAAAGGUUUCAAAGAGCAGAUCUAUGAUGUGUACCGCUACCUACCUCCAGCGACACAGGUUGUGCUCAUCUCGGCCACAUUGCCCCAUGAAAUCCUUGAAAUGACUUCGAAGUUCAUGACAGACCCAAUCAGGAUCCUUGUAAAACGUGACGAGUUGACACUUGAAGGCAUCAAGCAGUUCUUUGUAGCAGUAGAACGAGAGGAAUGGAAGUUCGACACUCUGUGUGACCUCUAUGACACGCUGACCAUCACGCAAGCAGUAAUAUUUUGCAACACCAAGCGGAAGGUGGACUGGCUGACACAGAAGAUGCAAGAGGCUAAUUUUACAGUCAGCUCGAUGCAUGGUGAUAUGCCACAGAAGGAGAGAGACAAUAUCAUGAAAGAGUUUAGAUCUGGACAAAGUCGUGUUCUCAUCACAACAGACGUAUGGGCGCGCGGUAUCGACGUGCAGCAAGUCUCCCUGGUCAUCAACUACGACCUGCCGAACAACCGCGAGCUGUACAUCCACAGGAUCGGCCGCUCCGGACGCUUCGGCCGCAAGGGCGUUGCCAUCAACUUUGUCAAAUCCGACGACAUCAGAAUCCUGAGAGACAUCGAACAGUAUUACUCCACUCAGAUAGACGAGAUGCCAAUGAAUGUUGCCGAUCUGAUUUAAAACUUUCAAAUAUUAAACAUUUUGUAUAACUGGCAUACAGAUAAGAGGUUUUAACUGCACUGACGGGUGGAAGAUACGCAAUAACAUAUUUUCACAUAUUAAAACUUGAUAAACAUUUUCAAUAGGUAUAAUCCGUUUUAAAAAAGAAACCAUUCCUAAUAUUGUUUUGGCAAAAAAUAAAAACAAAAAUUGCAUCCAAUACCGCCGUCUGAAAAGACGGCAAUAUUGUGCAAGGGAGAGGUCAUGAUUUUGGCCGCCAUUUAAGAUUCCGUUUCUUUAUUGGAACAGGUUUAUACAGGUACAUUUCAACUGCACUGAUAUGACCAGUAAAAGAUUCGCAAUGUCAACCAAUUUCUUAAGUCACUAAGCUACGGACUUGUUAUAAUGUCUCUUAAUAUUAU